AUGCACGCCAUGUCUCGCACAGGGUCGGCAGCUAAAUUGGUUCGGUGGUGUGCCUCCUACAUAUGCACUCCUCCAACCUUAUCAGAGAUUUGGACCAAGUUUACGAUUGCGCACUGGGCAGCGUCGCAUGUGGCUCGGUUGCACCCAGACUCUGCAAGGAGGCAGAGCGUCUUGGAGGACCUAUUCACCUCCAGACGCCAUGGCUCAAACUUGCCUCAGGAUCCCAGGACCCCAGGCACCCUCCUUUCCUUCCUAGAAGGGCGGGAGCUGCGACAGACUGGCAGCGAACUACAUGUGCCACCUCCCUUGGGCACCAAGCUGUUUGCGUGCGGGCUGGACAACGCCUACCAGACAGCAAGAUGCCAAUGCACCCAGGACAUUCUGCACCACCUUUGCCCUCGGCAAGCAUUGUGGCUGUCAAAGUGCGACCAUAGACGUCUCUCGCCGCAAACGUGGGAAGUUGCGAAAAAUGUCCACCUCGAGGCUGACGAGGAGGACUUACGGAAGGUGUUUUGCAGCUUAAUGGUACCGUGCAUCUGGCAACCCAAGGCAAGUGGGCGGCAAGAGAGUGUCCGGGAAGAGGGCGGGCGUCGACUAGAUGAUGUCCCGACGCCCGCACAAGGUUUUCUUUUAUCAGGUGUUCACACAGUAGGCGGCUUGGCCGUCUGGGAGCAGCUGACUGUUGAAGAGACUGUUAAUGGUGUUCAAAUACCUGAUAACAUCUACCUGAAAAACGGACCAAAUGAGAUUAUCCACACACCCGUCACGUUUGUGUCUGUUGCUGCAGAUUCAAUCAUCAUAAACUCUAAUCUCGACCAAAUUCAGCAAGUAGACGGGAGACUGUCAGUGUUGGUGCUGAGUGGGGAGCAGCAGCAGGUAGUGAGCAGUACGAAGCUGUUCACAGACCUGACCCUCCUAGGAAACAGUACCGUUGGCCUGAAAGUAGCUGGCUACAACCUAAAUGAUUUUGUCAUGAAUGUUCAGCAGGACGUCCUCAAUGGGCUAAAUGCUGCCACAGAAAUAAACGGGUCUUUGACCUUCGACGAUUCUGUGUUUGUCGUUGAUGACCAGUUGAAUGGUGUGUCCUUAGCUAAAAUCCGCAACUCUGCUCUCUUCCUCUCUGCCACUUACGUCGACCUUCCUCUUGUGUUCCUCGGCCCUGUCCAGAUUACUGGUGACCUUUUAAUUACUGGUAGAAUCAAUGGUUACGAAGGAAAUUCCUAUGUUCUUACUCAUGGCAGCUACACUUUCACAAAUGCAGUAACAUUCACGAAUGGUCUGAAAGUUGAGGGAAAUGUGACCACAGGAAAGAUGGUGCCUUAUCCUGUGAAGUUCUUAGCUUCGCAAAUCUUGUUAAAGACUAAGACUAACCAGAUAAUAACGAGGGACAUCUACCUUUUGGAGCCAGUCAUGAAUGAUUUGUCGGUCAGUGGUUCUGUCAGGGUCAGUGGCGUAGAUCUCUCUGAUGUUGUCCUCGCAAACACCGAUGCUGAAAUAAUUGGCCAGAAGAGUUUCACCACCCUUCAGGUGUUAACGGCGACCAGGAUGGGAGAAGUGAAUGUUGGUCACUGUGGCACUAUUGACGGUAUAAUCUUUAAUGAAGUCUUUGUCACAGACGCGUUAAAAAAAAGUGCUUCUGGCACACAGACGUUGACUGGCAGGUACAUGUAUGCACUAGUUGCCAACACCGUCACAGGCACAGACUUGGGAGUCUUCGAGAAGAAUGUAGUGUACAAAGACGAUGCAGAAUACAUUACAGAUUCAAUAUUAUUCAGUGGAAAAGUCUCCGUUCAAGCUCUCGAAUUUGGUGGAGAUUUUGACGGGGUAUCAGCAAGAGAUUACGGCUCAGGAUGGUUGCUGAAACAAGGCGAUCAGACGCUUACUGGCAGAAAUACCCUAGAACAAGUUACUGGAGCAGCGGUCACGUUAGAAGGCGCGUACCUGCAAACGGUAGACUGGAGUAGAUUCUUGCACUCGACUGCAAAACUGGACGAGAGAACUAUUAUUAAUAAAGCUUCCUUUGGUCUUGUAUAUGGAAGUGAAAUAGUCUUGGAUGGGACUAUCCAGGGAUGGGACCUCAGCACACAGGCUCUCACAGCCUCGGCUACAGCACAAACUGUAACUGGUAAGAAAGAUUUCUACUCCAUGGUGUUCUAUUCUGGAAAGUUCGACAUGAUUAAGAGUCUAUUUGUGAGAGAGACUACUGAGGAGGAUGCUGUGCGUGUCGACUUGAGUACUCUUGUAGAGUCCCUGGUACUCGAAGAUGAAGUCAUCCACGUGGACACCCUAACUGUUAAAGGCGAUGUUAUCUUCUACGAUAAUGUAAGGAUUUUAAGAUCUCUUAAUGAGGUGGAUGUGAACACCCUUACUGAAGAGUUCUGGUUGAGUGACCUACCCGCCAGAAUUACUGCCCUAGCAUCAUUCCAAAGUGUUGUUAUGGAGCCAGACGUCGACCUGAAGUUAAAGGGUCUGAUGAAUGCGGUGGAUGUUGAGACGUUGUGGCACUCAGUCUUGAGGAAGGAGUGCGAGAGCCAGCAAGAAGUUUCUGGCUCCUUCACAGUUGACACCCUUACUGUAGCAAACGUCUUUACAUUCUCUGUGGACUCUGUAAACGCCUGGGACUCUAGUGACCUUCAGGACCUGCUCCUGGUGGAUGGCGAUCAGGGUGUAGAUGUGUCGGAGUUCGCAAAGUCAGUGCUGUUAAUUCGGCCAAAUGGCACGGUCUUCAUACCGGGAGUCACUACAUUCAGAGGUCUUAGGAUUCUGAAGCCCCUAAUGUUCAGGUUUGGCGGCAAGUGUGUUUGGCAUGGAGCCUGGCUAGUGCUGACAACUGGGACCUUCAUCAUCAUUGCUGAAGCUGGCACCACCACGCUACCCUCUCGUCUGAGGAUAUUCAAAUACAAGGACACAGAAGGCAGACUGACAAUGGUGCAAAGUUUGGCAUCAUCAGGGUUGACGUCAGUUUCAGUUUUCAAUGGAAAUUCGGAAGGUGUGAUUGCCAUCACGAGUAGACAACAAUGUACACGACUGGCAGUGGUAUUACUUCGGGCUACUACUUCGACCUCACUCGCUCUCACUCGGCUGCAGACCCUCGAGGUGAAAGAUGCUGUAGACAGCAGCUUAGGGAUGAUGCCUACUGGAGAGGUGGCCCUCUACUUGCAAACAAAAUAUAGACUACUAAUUUAUCUACUAAAGGGAUCUUCUUUCAUCUUAGAGAGGGAGAUAAAGACAACUCCAGCCAUGUACCCGUUCUCCUUUCCGUUCCUGCACACAGCUUCCAACACCAAUGGUGGCUUACACAGGCACGGACUCCUGGACGAGUACGAUGACCUGCCCACACUUCAGCAGGCUACACCCACCUUAUACAAAUCUGUGUAUAGAUCCCAUACACCACUGUCUCGACAUGAACGCGCUUAG